GCGCGCUCCUCCUCACGCAGCGCGGAAGUCAAAACAGUCCCCGGUAUCGUGUUUAGACUACCACCACUUGUAGGAGUUAUUUGCCCAGCGUGGGUGGGGGGGGGAAACAUGGACGUCCUAAGCGUGGCAGACUGGUGCCAGGACGCCGAGGAGGCGAGCUAUGAAAGUGAUCCACGCGACUGGCUCGCUCCCGCGCAAACUUCGGGCGCCUGCGACACACGCGACUCUUCGGCAGACUACCUGGGACAUUCGCCCUGCUCCAGCACCGGUUCUUUUCACGAGAGUGGCUCACCGGGCUCCGCGGGUCCCCCCAGCCCUCCAAGCUAUCGAAAAGCGUCUCAGGGCUCGCUCAAAGUCCGAGACCUGUGCCGCCUGAAGGGCCUGGUGGUAGCCGGCGCCGAGCAAGACGCAUCCGCCCGGCAGAGGGCCCCGUCCAGCAAACCCGCCAACGGCGUGCAGCGACAGAGGCGAGUCGCCGCCAACGCCCGGGAGCGGCGGCGCAUGCACGGCCUCAACCACGCUUUCGAUGCCCUCCGCAACGUCAUCCCGGCGCUAGACAACGACAAGAAAUUGUCCAAGUACGAGACGCUUCAAAUGGCGCAGAUUUACAUCAACGCCCUGGCGGAGCUCUUGCAAGAACCGACGUCGUCUUCGUCCGCCUCCAAUCCGCCAAAGAGCGACCUGUCCGCGGGUUUCGACGGCGGGGCUCCGAAGUCGCCCUCACAGCCGACGGCCAACUCCUCCGAGGGCCAGCUUGCCGCGCACAUCGACGCCAUGUCGCUGCGCGCAGCCUUCGACGACGUCUCGUUCCCCUCUUUGCAGCUGGAGGAAGUUGCGGGCUCCCCUGCCGCGGGCGGCCCGGGUGGACGCGUUGACUCGCCCCGCAGCGACGGCGAAUUUUCUCCGCGCUCCCACUUCAGUGACUCGGAUGAGUUGGCGGUGGAGGAGGACGAGCUUCACGCGGUCUCUUUCUAAAAAGUUCUCACACAAAUAUAUUGGAACACCACGCAAGCCCACCAGUGUCAACCAAAUUGCUCCCAAACGUUUUUUUUUUUUAAAUAAUUAUUUCUUUGUGACAUAUUAGUUUGGUUCAUGCCAAUUUGAGGUUGCCAGGUCUCAUCGCCAUUGUAUCCCCACUUCACUCCGACCAAAAAUAAGCAGUCCGGUCUUUCACGAAAUUGUAUUUUUAUCGUUAUGAUGUUUGUUUAAUGUAUUUUUGUUUGCAACUUCAAAAGUUCACCAUGUGCACUUUAAAAUUGUAAUAAUGUGUAGCCUGUAUGAGCCAGGGGCUUGACAAAUGAUUUUUUUAUUCUACACCACAAAAAAAAUCAAUAUUUUUGCCUGCUUGUAGCAUAGUACUGCCAAUUCUACCCAAUAGAGCCUAUUUAAUGUAGCCAUCAUCGCUGCCUUCUUUUUUUUUUUUUGUAUUUUGCUCCUUUUUUUGUAUGUGUGUCUUUUGCUUUCACUGGAUGAGAUUAAUUGACAUGUACAUUUGUUGUUUUGUUUUUUUGUAAUAUGUAGGUAAC